AUGAGUCGAAGAGAACAGAAUCUCGCCUCGUCAAUCGCUACAUACUUUCAAGAGAACUGGGUUAUACGCGGAAAGUUGUCCGGCGCAACGCGCUCGAGAAGCUUGCUUCCCUCUCAGCGAGAUCCGCUUCCAGCACACCAGGACACUCCGACCUCGCGCAGUUAUGCAAAAAGUGCAUACCAAAUCAGUCCUCACGGGGCUUCAAUACUCCCCACGAAACCCCGCCUUCCUGAACUCGAAGUCCUUCUUGCCCUCUGCAAAGCCGCUCCUCUGGUCGGAAACGUCGAAACUGCUGAGCAGUUGCUAAAACAACUGAGUCCAUACCUCGUUGAAUCACACUCGCAGAUAAUUUCACCGUCACCGGGCCUUCGACAACUCAGCCCUUCACCAUGGGAGAUUCUCACGAGUAGCCUUGCCUCGGCGUUGCUGGCGAUUGGCCUCAAGUAUGCAUCACUACGACCCGCCGUUACCUCCGCUAUAGAACAAUACAUAAAGGAGUGGACAUCUGUCGCCAGUUCGAUUUCCGCAGAUCAGUUUGACGAUGACGAUCGCGUCGAGUAUGCGGCCGACGGCGAACUUGCAAACGUCAUGUCUCUCAGCAUGUCGUUACUGGGAUUCUUAGAUGCUGCAUCAAGCUAUAUUAGGUUCUGGACAGGUGACGACAGACUGCAACUACUUGACUCAAUUCGCAGUGCUCUCACAGAGAAGUUUACGGUUGCCUUCGAAGCAGCCCUGUCCGUGGUUCGCAAUGCCCACUCUCCGCAGCGUGGGCUGAAGGACUGGAAACGUUACGGAAAGCACUAUGCCGCGAUGGGCCGUCCACUAGGGUCCAUGCUACUACACGAGAAAUUCAUGCAGCUCGUCGUGGCCUCUGCGUCUUUGAUUGCAAUGCCAUCUGGCCAAGAAGUUCAAGAGCCGAUUUUGGACUAUCUAUGCAAAGCCAACUUGAUGUCCAAAGUACCAAGAGACCCCUCGGAAGUCACACUCUUGGAAGGCCUAGUUCAGAUUGCUAUGGACGAAAUGGAACGCUUGCAAAAUGACCUAGACUAUUUACAGCGAGUUGGGUCUGCCUGGCAACAACGCUUAGCUUCAGCCGUGAAAGGGAAUGUGCUCGUCACUUUUCUUUGCUGUGCUGUUCGCAACGAGGAUGUCGCGGACUCUGAUGUCCUGGUGACUUGGCUAGAAAACACUUUGACCGAUCCGGUGCAGAUAGCAGACACGAACUUGGCGUCGGUAGUAUUGAAAUCCCUCGCAGUCCUCGCAAGAUUAUCGCCUUCUCUCGCAGCGGGCCUCAGCAGAUCUUUACCCCGGGUUAUCGUCCAAGGCGGUUUAGACAGUCGCACAGCUGCUGUUGCUGCAGAAUGCUUGGCCUCUGUCCUCAAAAAUCUACCCCAGGAUGCUAUAAUCACCACAUUAUACAGCCUCGGUAAUGUUCUUAGUUCUGGGUCGGUCUCAGAACACGCUCCUAACCUGUUGCUGUUACGCAGUAGCACCAACAAACCGCAUCGACACACGGGCUUGUACAGCCAUCAGACCGCCGGAAGCGCAAUUUCUCUUACUCCAAGCGACAUAGAAGAGCCUUCGCAGGUGUACUCUACAAUUAUCCAAGCGGUAGGUGGAGUUGCUAGAACAUGCAAGGAUGAAAAGAUUACAGCAUUGGCCCUGUCAAUGUUGAUCCAAAAGAUCGGCCGGGUGAACCGGACGGUUGACGCCAAAAUCAUCAUGGAAUCCGCCCUCCUAGGCAUACACAGCGGGUCAAGCGAGCUUCGAUCACUUUUGAAGCUUUACGUCAAGUUGACUCACGACGCUCUGAUCGAAGACGAUACUGCUACUGUUGACGCUGUCUUGCAUGCGAGAAACUCCUUGGCCAGAGACAUCCAACCUAGCUCUACAGCCUUCGAGAUCUGCCUAGUACACUUGCUCGAGACGAUCAUUAGCAAAGGCGACGCGCACGAGAAUGCUAACAGCCAUAUUCCUGAUACUGAAUUAGCAGCUCGAGAGAUAGCUCAGUUGCUGGCACCGUUAGCCAUACUGGUAUCAAAGGAGCCUGAGAAUACCGAGCUUGGAAAAUAUCGCGAUAACAUCGCAAGCCUACAGCGUGAUGCGUGGUUCAACAUUGUCGUUCACGGCUUCAACUUCAACUCGCAGCUUGGCAAGAAAUAUCACCUGGAACUGCGCACACUAGCAACUUUCAGUCAACCUUUGAUCGCUGAAGAGCGGGUUGAUCAAGUUGAAAGCGAUGUUGAGCUUAACACUGUCUUGAGAAGGGGCAAAGGCCCAGAGCAUACUGUGGAGCAGAAACAAAACCUGAUCAAGCUUCUACCGUCUUGCGAAACUGACAUCAAAUCGCUCAAUCAUUCGGAGGUCGUUUUUCUUAAUACGGCCUAUCUUGUCGAGGAUCUUCGAGCAAGUGCAGGAGACUGCACGAAAGCACUAGCGUAUUUCCUCGACCCAAAACUACGAAGUGGUGCCAUGGGCAACUGCAUGUUGGCCAUCGCAACAUCUAGUGUCAAAACCUACGUCUCUAAGACCGUAUCCGGCAGUUCUCCACAAUUUUCGACUCCUUUCCUUGCACAGCAGCUUGCCACCAUCUUCGCAGGGUGCUGCCACCGUAUAACCAGGGUCCAGGAUGUUGCCAUGCAAUGUGCAGAUAUCAUCAUCAAAGAAGCGCCUUCUACAUUGUGUCAGAAAACCGCUCUCUUCACUAUUCUUGAGCUACUAUCGAUCAUGUGGUCUAGCUGUCUCGAGUGCGAGACGGACGAAUAUGAGUGGACAUCUACCUUCACCUCUUCGAGAGAACCUGUCUCCGUAGAACUAUCCGAUGAUUACGACCUCAGGCGAACCACGCUGAACACUUUCCAUAAAAAGGCCAGAAGUUGGGUGCUUCAGGUUUUGAGUUUGGCACCCUUGGACAUAAAGGGAUUGUUACAGACUUACCUCUCUGAAUAUGAUGAUGAAGGAGCUUAUGGACACGUCUCACUGGGUCGUUCGUUCGCUUUGGAAAUGGGAUCUAUCAUCCCCUCGACUGAUCAACGCCUCGGCGCUAUUGAACGGCACAACGACCUCAACAUCAAUACGGCAUCCGAUUUCAUAGCCCAGUACACUACCCGUCAGGAAUACCGAUUUAUUGAUGGACUUAAUGAUCAAGAUGAAGAGUGGUUGAAAUUCGGCAACACCGGUUCGUUUGGUAUUAAAACCCAAAGGCGAAGUCUGACUGACCACCGUGACCGAUUGACAGGCCGGUCCUCCUUUGUUCACCGGAGCAUCGAAGAUGCUACAAAGCUGCUAACAGACCUCGAAAGCAGAACCCUUAAUCAGAAGCAGGUAUCGAUUGCAGAGCUACGAGACAUAUUACGACGGGCAGCCGCUUUGUUGUGUAGAGUCAAGUGUGAUCAGACAGCAAUUGUGCAACACCUAGUCGGAAUCCCUUUUGCAGUAUUCACCAAGCAGUCUAUAAAGCUGGGUAUAUCCCUUUGGAUGAGCGUGAUAAAAGAGAAUCCUCGCAUGGAAUCACGAAUCCUGAUUGCAAUUACGGAGAAUUGGGAAGCCACCGUUCGUCGAAAGCGGGGCAUGUUCAGUGAAGCACUACGGCUCUUGGAUCCCUUCUACGUAAAACAAGAGUUUGCUCCGUCGGACAAAGAUGCGACAGUGAAGCGGCAACAACAAGCGUACAACAUAAUUGCCCCACACUUUCGACUCUUGCAAUUCUUAUCAAGCCACUUCAACGCUACCCGCUUGGGAAACCCUGAUAUCGAAAAGGUGUAUCAUCGUAUGUUGCACGUGACCCUUGAUAGCAUAAAAGCGUCUCCUGUGCAUCCGCUUGCCCGAGAAGCUCAUUUCCAUAUCGUGCUACUGGGUCUUAGAGUACUUCGUCACUGUACAUCUCUCCGUGAGAACUUCAAAUGGAGACUCAAGGACCGGAUCCUGACUGCCGGAUUGGCAUGGUUUGCCAAGUCACCUAAGUGGUCUUUCGGUGGAAACCGACUUCAAAUCAAAGCAGAAACUCACGUUCUGGCUGAUGUACAAAACUUGCUGCAAGCAAUUUCUCAUAUCGGCAGUAAGGCAGAAGGCCCUUUGAAGUCCUUGCAAGGUAAACAAGAGCUCUUGUCAUUACUCGUUGCAAGCGAGCAGACAAGACUGAUGGUCUGGCUGUUCCCGCUUGACUAUGAAAAGAAGCACCAUUUCACAUCGGGCCAGCAUAGCAAAACAUUGACAGAGAACGCAAUAUCCGGGUAUCUCAAGACAGCCUGGGCCGAAAACCCUUCACUAGCCGUACAUUUAGUGCAACGCUUCCAAUCUCGGAAACUAUUCGAAGAUGUCCGCUGGCUGCUCCUAAAUUUCCCACAGAAGGUUCUAAAUGAACCCGAGUCUCUUGAGAUACUGCUUGGCGUGGCAUUACCGAGCGAUGUCUCCUUCCAGCUCAAGUACUUGCUCUACUGGGCUUCGGUAAACCCAAUCACGGCGGUGACGUAUUUCCUGCCAGCCUACGAAAACCACCCGUUCAUCAUCCAAUACGCUAUGAAAGCCCUCGAGAGUCAUUCAGUUGAUAUUACGUUCUUCUACGUCCCUCAGAUAGUGCAGACUCUGCGUUACGAUGGACUGGGAUAUGUGGAAAGAUAUAUCAUCGAAACGGCAAAAUUCUCGCAACUAUUCGCCCACCAGAUCAUCUGGAACAUGAAAGCGAAUGCAUACAAGGAUGAGGACUCUCAAAUUCCCGAUCCGGUCAAACCUACCCUCGACAAGGUGACAGAGAGUUUAAUCUCAAGCUUCGCAAAAAGCGACCGCCUCUUCUACGAGCGCGAGUUCUCGUUCUUCAACGAGGUUACGGGCAUUUCAGGAAAGCUAAGACCAUUCAUCAAGAGCCCAAAGGCAGAGAAGAAGGAAAAGAUAGAAGAGGAGCUCCGCAAGAUCAAGCUUGAAGUUGGCGUCUACUUACCCAGCAAUCCCGAUGGCGUGGUGAUAGGUAUCGAUCGGAAAUCGGGGAAGCCCUUACAAAGUCACGCAAAAGCUCCGUACAUGGCGACAUUUCGAAUACGAAAGGAGAAGUCCGACCUUGUUGGAAUCGAGGCAGGAGAUGCAACCCCCAAUGGUGACGCGGAUAAGCAUCCCAGCUCUUACGAAGUUUGGCAGUCUGCCAUUUUCAAAGUCGGAGACGACUGUCGACAGGAUGUUCUCGCCCUACAGAUGAUUGCGGCCUUUCGCGGAAUUUUCAACAGCGUUGGGCUUGACGUCUACGUAUUCCCGUACCGGGUCACUGCUACAGCACCAGGCUGUGGUGUGAUUGAUGUUCUACCAAACUCGAUAUCUCGGGACAUGCUGGGACGUGAAGCCGUUAAUGGCCUCUACGACUACUUUGUUUCGAAGUAUGGCGGCGAGGACUCAAUCCGCUUCCAGGAGGCUCGGAACAACUUUGUCAAGAGUAUGGCGGCCUAUAGCGUCAUUUCAUAUCUCCUCCAGUUUAAGGAUCGUCAUAACGGCAACAUCAUGAUCGACGAUGCCGGGCACAUCCUCCACAUUGAUUUUGGUUUUUGUUUUGAUAUUGCACCCGGUGGUGUCAAGUUUGAAAGAGCUCCCUUCAAGUUGACCUCCGAGAUGGUCGCGGUCAUGGGCGGUUCCACGACCUCUCAACCAUACCGCUGGUUUGAGGAGCUCUGCAUUAAGUCAUUCUUAGCGUGCCGUGAGCAAUGCGAACAUCUCGCUCAUCUGGUAAUCGCCAUGUUGGACAGCGGUCUGCCUUGUUUCAAACCGGAGACAAUCCAACACUUCAGGGAGAGGUUUGUGCUCGAUCGGACGGAGAGGGAAGCUGCGGACUUCAUGAGAGAGCUGAUUCGAAAGAGCUACAGCAGCAAUUCAACGAAGGUGUAUGACCACUUCCAGCUGCUGACGAAUGGGAUUCCGUAUUAG